CAUAGCAUCCUCCUCCUCGACUGCAGACUCUUCUCAUCGAGAUGCGGAAGAUGGAGGAAGACCUCUGUAACCUGCACGAGAAGGGUCGCACAAUGGAGCAGGAUUCAGAGAUGCUCAACAUGCUUGCCACCGUCUCGGGGCUUAAGACCCGCUUGAAGACUCUGCGCUCAGAAGCUGAAGGAAAGAAACAUGAUAUUGAAGCAAAGCAGAGUGAAUCUGAACAGCAGAAGUUCCACCUGAUUGAGUAACCAGCAACUCCUCCAAGACCUCGAAUGUUGGGUCACUGAAACCUACUCCCAGAUCACAGCUGAUGUCUGCCUUGGAUCUGUGACUGCCAUCCGUGAGCAAAUAACUCUCAACCAGAAUCUUCAGCGAGACUUGGUCCGCCGUGAAAGUCAGCUCAGUGAACUACGCAGCAAAUGUGAGCGUGUGCAAGGUGAUGCACACAUCCAGUCACUGGCUCAAGAGAUGACUGACCACCUUGCCUUCCUGAGUCAGACCAUCUGUGACACACGCCUUGUGCUUCAGAACCGUCUGCACCAGCUGAAGGAGAUCCUGGAGAAUGAAAGGAAGCGGUUACCUUCUGAUAGCCAGGACUCAGAGAAAGAGAGUGAGAGUACAAUUGCUUUAAAACAAGAGGACCAGCCCAUCAGUGUAGUAAAAGAACAAGUGCAGCAAGAAGCUGAUAUGACCACGGAACCAGAAACUACUGAAACAACUGUUUACAAAGUGAUGAGAAGGAGAAGUAUUAAGAACGUCGUCAUGAUCGGUGGUAUGCCGGUUGAGACUGAAGAAGUGGUUGAAGAGCCAACUGAUCAGGCUACUGAUGUGGAACCUGAGGGAACAACCACUGUCGUCAGAACUGUUCGUAGAAGGAGCAUCAAGUCCAUUGUCAUGGUAGAUGGUAAACCAGUAGAGACUGAAGAGGUUGUGGAGGAUCCUAUCUCAGUGUCAGAGGAGUUAGUUGAAAAGGACAAUGUGCUCCUGGAAUCUGUUUAUGAGCCUGAUGUGACUGCUCCCACAAGAGAAUUUGUACCAAAGAGAAUGCAGAUCCUGAAAGAUGAAGGAGAGUUCUUGGAUUCUGCUGAAGAAGUUCAGGAACCAUCUGUUGCACCUACCAUAACCACCCAUCAAGUCAUUAGGAGAAUUGUAAAGAAGAUUGUCAUGAUUGAUGGAAAACCAGUUGAGAUUGAGGAAUUAGAAGAUCCUCAGGACAUAUCAGAUGAACUGAUGCAGGGUAAUCUUCCAGUAGAUUCAGUCAUCACUCGAACAACAAGUGAGCCUGACUUGACGACCACUACCGUCAGGACAGUUGUGCGUCGCAGAAUAAAGAAGAUUGUCAUGGUAGAUGGUCAGCCAGUUGAAACUGAGGAAUUCAUUGAAGAACCUGUAGACACCACACUUGAGAAUCUUGAGGAUUAUGCUAAGCAGUCAGUAAUACCUGAAUCAUCUACAGAAUCUGAGACAUUUACAACAGUUAGAAAGAUAAUAAAGAAAAGAAUAAUCAAGAAAAUUGUCAUGGUAGAUGGUAAACCAGUAGAGACAGAGGAAGUUGUAGAAGAACCUGAUGAUGUCACAGAAGAGAUUGUUCAAGCUCUUCCAUCUGAUGCAACUAGUGGUAUCAUCUCACACCCUGAAGAGGAAACUACUACAACUAUUCAUAGAGUCAUCAGGAAGCGAGUCAUUAGGAAAAUUGUUAUCAUAGAUGGUAAACCAGUUGAAACAGAAGAGAUUGUAGAGGAGCCUGAAGAUGUAACACAAGAGUCUAUUGUUCCUUCCGACUCAGUUAUCACAAAAGAAAUUACAGAACCAGAGACCAUAACUACUGUUCGUAGAGUCAUACGAAGAAGGAUCAUCAAGAAGAUCAUUAUGGUUGAUGGUAAACCUGUAGAAACUGAGGAAAUUGUGGAAGAACCUGAAGACGUGACUGAGGAAAUGACACAAGGAAUCUUCCCAACAGAUAGUUCUGCUGUUACAGAAGAAAUUCUGGAACCAGAAACUGUAACCACUGUUCGUAGAAUUAUACGAAAGAAAAUCAUUAAAAAGAUCAUAAUGGUAGAUGGUAAACCAGUAGAGACAGAGGAGAUUGUUGAGGAGCCAGAGGAAGUAACAGAUGAAAUUGGUGAGGGAACACCAAGAGAAGCAGUUAGCAGUGAGAUUAUCACUGAGCCUGAUGAAGUGACCAUGACUACUGUGCGUAAAAUCAUCAGGAGAAGAAUCAUCAAGAAGAUCGUUAUGAUUGAUGGCAAACCUGUUGAGACUGAAGAGGUUGUAGAAGAACCUGAGGAAGUAACUGGGAAGAUGGUUGAGGCAAAACCAGGAGAAUCAGUUAUCACUGAGACCAUCACUGAACCUGAUGAAGUGACCACAACAACUGUGCAUAGAAUCAUCAGAAGGAGAAUCAUCAAAAAGAUUGUGAUGAUUGAUGGUAAACCUGUAGAAACUGAGGAAGUAGUGGAGGAACCAGAAGAGGUGAGUGAAGAGGAGCUACAAGCCUUACCUAAAGACUCUGUCACAACAGAAACUAUCACAGAACCUGAAGAGGUGAUCACAACUCACAGAAUCAUCAGGAGAAGAAUCAUCAAGAAGAUCAUUAUGGUCGAUGGUAAACCUGUUGAGACUGAAGAGGUGGUGGAAGAGCCUGAAGAGAUCAGUGAAGAGGAGCUACAAGCCUUACCUAAAGAUUCUGUGACAACUGAAGUGGUUGAGACAACUCCAGGAGACUCAGUCAUCACUGAGACCAUAACAGAACCUGAUGAAGUAACCACAACUCAUAGAAUCAUCAGGAGAAGAAUCAUCAAGAAGAUCAUUAUGGUUGAUGGCAAACCAGUUGAGACUGAAGAGGUUGUGGAGGAGCCUGAGGAAGUAACUGGGGAAAUGGUUGAGGCAAAACCAGGAGAAUCAGUUAUCACUGAGACCAUCACAGAACCUGAUGAAGUGACCACAACAACUGUUCAUAGAAUCAUCAGGAGGAGAGUCAUCAAAAAGAUUGUGAUGAUUGAUGGUAAACCUGUAGAAACUGAGGAAGUUGUGGAAGAGCCAGAAGAGGUGAGUGAAGAGGAACUACAAGCCUUACCUAAAGACUCUAUAAUCACUGAGACCAUCACAGAGCCUGAGGAAGUCACAACUGUACGUAGAGUUAUCAGAAAGAGGAUCAUCAAAAAGAUAGUUAUGAUUGAUGGCAAACCUGUUGAGACAGAGGAGGUUGUGGAAGAACCUGAAGACGUCAGUGAAGAAAUAGUUAAAGCCUUACCUGCUGAUUCUGUUGUCACUGAGCCUGAUGUUACCACAACUCAUAGAAGUAUCAGAAGAGUCAUUAAGAAGAUUAUUAUGGUUGAUGGCAAACCUGUUGAGACAGAAGAAGUUGUGGAAGAACCAGAUGUCAGUGAAAUAAUUCAGAGCACAAAACCAACUGAUACUGUCAUUACUGAAGAAUUUACAGAACCCACAAUUUCCAGAGUAAUUCACAAAAGAAUUAUGGUUGAUGGCAAACCUGUAGAAGCAGAGGAAGUCAUAGACGAGCCUGUGGACGUUAGUAAAGAAAUGGUUGAGAGAACACCAGAACCUGAUGAAGUAAGUACCACAACUGUGCGUAGAGUCAUUAGAAAGAGAAUCAUCAAAAAGAUUGUGAUGAUUGAUGGGAAACCGGUAGAAACUGAGGAAGUUAUUGAGGAGCCUGAGGAAGUUAGUGAAGAGAUGGUUGAGGGAAUGCCAGGAGAAUCAGUUAUCACAGAGACCAUAAAAGGACCCGAAGGAGUAACCACAAUUCAUAGGAUCAUCAGGAGAAGAAUCAUCAAGAAGAUCAUUAUGGUCGAUGGUAAACCUGUUGAGACUGAAGAGGUUGUGGAAGAGCCUGAGGAAGUAACUGGGGAAAUGGUUGAGGCAAAACCAGGAGAAUCAGUCAUCACUGAGACCAUCACUGAACCUGAUGAAGUGACCACAACAACUGUGCAUAGAAUCAUCAGGAGGAGAGUCAUUAAAAAGAUUGUGAUGAUUGAUGGUAAACCUGUUGAGACAGAAGAGGUUAUCGAGGAGCCUGAGGAGGUAAGUGAAAAGAUGGUUGAGGGAGCUCCAGAAGAAUCAGUCAUCACUGAGACUAUCACUGAACCUGAGGAGGUAAUUACCACUCAUAGAAUCAUCAGAAGAAGAGUCAUCAAGAAGAUCAUUAUGGUUGAUGGUAAACCUGUAGAAACCGAGGAGGUUGUGGAGGAACCUGAGGAAGUCACAGAAGAGGAGUUGCAAGCCUUACCUAAAGACUCUGUUAUCACUGAGACUAUCACAGAACCUGAAGAGGUGACCACAACUCACAGAAUCAUCAGGAAGAGAAUCAUCAAAAAGGUUGUGAUGAUUGAUGGUAAGCCUGUAGAAACCGAGGAAGUCAUUGAGGAACCCGAGGAAAUUAGCAAAGAAAUGGUUGACGGAAUGCAAGAUAAAUCAGUCAUGGAACCUGAAGGGGUAACUACAAUUCAGAAAAUCAUUAGAAAAGUUAAGAAGAUCAUUAUGGUUGACGGUAAACCAGUAGAGACUGAAGAGGUAGUGGAGGAACCAGAAGAGGUCAGUAAGAUGCUGCAAACCUUGCCCAAAGAUUCUGUUGUAACUGAGACCAUCACAGAACCUGAAGAAGUUACCACAACUCAUAGAAUCAUCAGGAGAAGAAUCAUCAAGAAAAUCAUUAUGGUUGAUGGUAAACCUGUAGAAACCGAGGAGGUUGUGGAGGAACCUGAGGAAGUCACCAAAGAGGAGUUGCAAGCCUUACCUAAAGACUCUAUUAUCACCGAGACUAUCACAGAACCUGAAGAGGUGACCACAACUCAUAGAAUCAUCAGGAGAAGAGUCAUCAAGAAGAUCGUUAUGAUUGAUGGUAAACCUGUUGAGACUGAAGAGGUUGUGGAGGAGCCUGAGGAAGUAACUGGGGAAAUGGUUGAGGCAAAACCAGGAGAAUCGUUAUCACUGAGACCAUCACUGAACCUGAUGAAGUGACCACAACAACUGUGCAUAGAAU